GAGAGGGCCUUUUAGUGAGAGAGCAUGAUGAUGAUGAUUCGAGUGAUGGUGAUGAUGCCCCUGGCAAUACCCACCGCCAUCUGGGCCUCUUCUCAACAACAUUCCUAAUGUGAACCUCCCCACAUCGAAACCAAGGAUAAUAUCUAAUUUGACAGAACAAAUCGCAUGAUUGGAACGGCCAUCUUCUCCGUCCCCUCGUCCAUUUCGGCCAGUGUUGGCAGUGCCGGUGCUGCUCUGUGUCUCUGGGCUGUCGGCUUCAUUCUAUCCCUUUCCGGUCUGAUGAUCUGGCUGGAAUUGGGCUGUCUUCUGCCUCGCAGUGGAGGUGAAAAGGUCUAUCUUGAAACUGCCUAUCGUCGUCCGCCGUUGCUGGCGACGACUAUUUAUGCGACGCAUGUUAUUUUCCUGGGAUUUACCGGAAAUGGGAGUAUCGCAGUGGCAGAGAAUCUCCUGCUGGCCGUCAGUGGCACUGCCAAUGACUGGACCAAACGAUGCAUUGCCAUUGCAGUGCUGGUGCUCAUUUCCUUUCUACAUAUUAAAGCAAAGACCUUCACUGUCAAACUCAUGAACGUCCUCGCAUCUGUCAAAAUCCUCAUUCUGGUUAUCAUCAUCCUCGCCGGUCUUUGGGUUCUUGGAACAGAUCAAUCCAAUCCCAGAGUCCCUCAUCCGGGGGCCAGCUUCAACCAGCCAUUCGCUGGGUCAUCAUCCAGCGUAUACGACUAUUCUAAUGCCCUGUUCAAGAUCAUCGCCACUUACCAAGGGUGGACCAACGCAGGCUAUGUCUUGGAUGAAGUUAAAAAUCCCCGGCGAACUCUGAAGAUGGCCGGAGUCCUAGGCGUUGGCUCGGUCGGAAUCUUGUAUAUCCUCGUCAACAUGGCCUACUAUGCUGUCUGUACACCAGAGGAACUCAGCCAGACUGGCGUUACGGUCGUGGCGCUGUUUAUCGGCAAGGUUUUUGGUGAGACCAUGCAGUGGUGCACUGCUCUUCUCGCUGCAACUUCGACAUUUGCGACCCUCUUGACGGGCUCAUUUACUAUGUCUCGUGUUAUCCAGUCUUUGGCUAAAGAAGGCGUGUUGCCAUUUACCUCUUUUUUCGCAGGGAGUGCGCCAUCCGGGUCUCCCAACGGUGCCUUUUUGGCCCUCUUCGCCACGUCCGCCGCGAUGAUCAUUUUGAUGCCGUUUGGAGAGGCAUACAACUUCACCGUGGAUGUCGGACAAUACGCUAUGGCGAUUAUCUACUUUGCCGUCGUGGUUGGGCUAUUCAUCAUCCGGAAACGCACCGUGUAUCCGCACCGGACGUUCCGCGUGUGGACCAGCGUUGCGUGCUUAUUCAUGGCGAUGCAGACAUUCCUGGUUCUAUCGCCAUUCCUGCAUAAUAGUGCAUCCACCUCGAGCAGCAUUCCGUUUUGGCUGAUGCCGAUAGUGGCCAUUCUGGCGUUGUCGGGGGGGAUUGCGUAUUGGUAUGGAUGGUUUAUUCUGCUUCCGCGGAUAAAGGGAUUUGUAUGGGAGAAGAAGAGCUCGACGUUGGCUGAUGGGACGGAAGUUGUUGUCUGGACCAAGGACCAUCAGGAUUGAUCUUGUCUUGUAUAUCUAUACUUGUUUUCUUCAUAAAAUGCGGGGAUAAAUAUAUUCCCAUCAUGCAGCAUCAUUGGCCAAUGAUACCCCACGUCUCC